AUGGCGAUCGGAGCCCCUUCCUACGGCGCGCUGUUCCUCCUGUGUAUCCAAACUGUACUUCUCGUUUGUGCGUCCACGCCGACCGCCGGGACGCACCACUUCCCGCAGCACUACACAAUGAUUCACUGGGCUGCACGCAUUGAGAAGGAGCUGGAAAAAGUUCUGCAGCAUGUCACUGGGACUCAGCAGAUGCGAUCGAUUUACAAUGAGAAGAGGAGCCAGUUUGAAAUCAAGAGGAACAACCCUAAGGACCUGGUGGAGAGAGUGGCACGGGAUAUUUCCAAGCUGCUAAACAGUAAGAGGAAAGCCCUGGAGAAAUUAGCCAAGGAGGCAGAGCAGCUUCAGAAGGAUCACGAGUGGCAAGACGGAGUGACGGAGAAUGCCAUUUCAUACUACGAUUCCAAAGCGGAUUCAGACUAUACGGAGGACGGAGAAGAAGAAAAUCCGCUGGAGAGCUCGUCUUCUCUGGAGCUGGAGUUUGUGGACGAUCCUAAUUUCAAAAACAAGGUCAACUACUCAUCCAGCGCGGUGCAGAUUCCGACCGACAUCUACAAAGGCUCUCCGGUGAUCCUGAACGAGCUGAAUUGGACACAAGCUCUGGAGCGGGUUUUCAUAGAAAACCGCCGAGAAGACAGCUCUCUCCGCUGGCAGGUGUUUGGCAGUGCCACGGGUGUGACACGCUACUACCCAGCCACUCCAUGGCGAGCGCCCAACAAGAUUGACCUCUACGAUGUCCGUCGCAGACCAUGGUACAUUCAAGGUGCAUCCUCUCCAAAGGACAUGGUCAUCAUCGUGGAUGUGAGUGGGAGUGUCAGCGGUCUCACACUCAAGUUGAUGAAGACCUCAGUCAUCAAGAUGCUGGACACACUCUCGGACGAUGACUACGUGAAUGUUGCCAGAUUUAAUGACGAGGCUGACGCCGUGGUGCCCUGCUUUAGGACUUUGGUUCAAGCCAAUGUACGCAACAAGAAGAUCUUCAAGGAGGCCGUCAUGCACAUGCAAGCCAAAGGAACCACCGACUACAAGUCUGGCUUCACAUUUGCCUUCGAGCAGCUUCUUAAUGAGACCAGUGCUCCUCGGGCCAACUGCAAUAAGAUGAUCAUGAUGUUUACAGACGGUGGGGAGGAUCGAGCGCAAGAAAUCUUCGAAAAAUACAACUGGCCCAACAAAACGGUGCGUGUCUUCACCUUCUCUGUGGGUCAACAUAAUUAUGAUGUCACGCCACUGCAAUGGAUAGCUUGUGCCAACAAAGGGUACUACUUUGAAAUCCCAUCGAUCGGAGCCAUCCGAAUCAACACCCAGGAGUACCUUGAUGUCCUGGGACGACCCAUGGUGCUGGCCGGGUCCAGAGCCAAGCAAGUGCAGUGGACCAAUGUUUAUCAGGAUGCUUUGGGUUUGGGCCUGGUCAUCACAGGGACCAUGCCAGUCUUUAAUCUAACUGCUGAUAGUACAAGCGCACAGAACCAGCUCAUCCUCGGAGUCAUGGGCGUGGACAUCGCCAUCAACGAGAUCAAAAAGAAGACACCUACUUAUAGACUCGGCGCCAAUGGUUACACCUUUGCAACCGAUCCGAACGGUUACGUGCUGCUACAUCCCAACCUGCGACCGAAGAUUAUCAACUUCAGGGAGCCAGUCACGCUGGACUUUCUCGACGCAGAACUAGAGGACAACAACAAAGAGGAGAUCCGAAGACAAAUGAUCGAUGGCAAAUCCGGCCAGAGGAAAAUCAAGACACUCAUUAAGUCGGUUGAUGAGAGGUACAUUGACGAAGCCAUGCGAACAUAUACGUGGACGCCAGUGGAGGGCACGGACUACAGUCUAGGGUUGGUACUGCCCACUUAUAGUGAGAGCCAUAUCAAAGCCAAUCUUAGUGACCAGAUCCUGCAGGUGCAAUGUAACUCCACUUCAGAUUUUGAGUCACUGCUGCCAAACAGUUUUGAAUCUGAAGGACAUAUAUUCAUUGCUCCCAGGGAAUACUGCAACGAUCUGGAGUUGUCGAGCAACAACACCGAAUUCUUGCUCAACUUCAUUGCCCUCAUGGAGAAAGUGACCCCCGACUCCAAGCAAUGCGACAAUUUGCUCCUUCACAACCUGAUUCUGGACACAGGCGUCAUCAGGCAGCUUGUAGACAAAGUGUGGAAGACCAAAGAUUUGCAUACGUAUGGCUUUCUGGCUGUAUUUGCUGCCACGGACGGAGGAAUUACAAGAGUGUUUCCCAACAAGGCUGCGGAAAGCUGGGAGGAAGACCCCGAGCCGUUUAACGCCAGCUAUUACCGCCGCAGUCUCGACAACAAGGGCUACAUCUUCAGAGCGCCUUAUCGUACAGCAAGAGACGAGAUGCUCAUCCCGGAGAAUGACACCAUCGGGAUCUUGGUCAGCACGGCGGUGGACAUCACAGUUGGAGGGAAGACCAUCAAACCGGCAGUGGUCGGAGUUAAACUGGAUCUCGAAGCCUGGGUGGAUAAGUUUAAGAUUCUCGCCAGUAACCACACAGACAGCCGACAUGGCCCUAAUGCGUGUGGACCCAACAGAGUCUGUGAGAUGGAUUGCGAAGCCAACAACGAUGACCUCCUGUGUUACCUAAUAGACGACGGUGGCUUUUUGAUCAUGUCCAACCAGAAGGAUGACUGGAACAAGGUGGGCAUGUUCUUCAGCGAAGUGGAACCCUACCUCAUGUACGCGCUGUACAACAACUCCUUCUACAACCGCAAGCAGUCAUUUGACUACCAGUCGGUGUGCGAGCGCAUGCCUACCAGUGAGGCUGGAGCAGCACGGAAGGGAGUCUUUGUGCCCACAAUUGCAGAUUUUGUUAACCUGGCAUGGUGGACGUCGGCAGCUGCAUGGUCAUUAUUUCAGCAGUUCAUGUAUGGACUGGCGUAUCACAGCUGGUUUGUCACAGACAAAGUAGACGCCGAGGCACUGGAUUCCAAGGAGAGGAGCUGUGUCAUGAUCCAGACUCAGUACUACCUCAGCAACUUGAGCAGUUCCUACAACAUGCUGCAGGACUGUGGCAACUGCUCAAGGCUGAUCCACGCCAAGAGAAUAAACAACACCAACCUGUUGUUUGUGGUGGCCGAGAAGAUGCUCUGCAACUCUUGCGAUAUCGAAAAGCUGUCCCAAGAGGAGAAGGAGUUCAACGACGAAAACCCAUGUGAUGAUAUGACAGUGGCACGCUAUAGAAAAGGACCCUCCACCUGUUUUGACAACAACAACGCGGAGAACACGUCGGACUGCGGACGGGGACACUCCUUCCGUCCAUCCCGCGUGACUUUGCUGCUGAUUCAACUCCUCGUGCUUUAUCCUGUCGUCAGCCCUCACGGUCACUCUCUACUACAUUAA